AUGGACUAUGCAACUCUGGAGCGGCGCGUGCAGACUUACUUCAGCUGCAGGGAUCUGCGAGGCGACUGCCAGGUCCUGUACAAAGCACAGCCCAGUGAGGCUCUCGUGCCCGAGACGAAUCUGUACUUUGUGAGCCAAGGCUCCGGACACGCCGCACGGAAAGACGCCACAAACUUAAUGGGCACCGACGGGCGUGCCAAAGCGGAGACGGAGGUGCAGCAAAUAGGCCUCAAGACCGGCAAUUUGCCUCGAUGGGGAAUUACAAGCCCUUUGAGCUUUAUCUUUGUGCACGGAGACUCAGGCGAUCUCAGGAUCAUAGCUGAUUGGUUGAACCAGAAAGUGCCCCGCCUUUUUCCCGCGUUGGCCUUGCACAGACCGGCGUGGUCCGUCUAUGUUAUGUUUCGUCGUGUUGUGAAAGGCGUGCCAGAGGAGCCUGAAGAACUGGACACGGCAUCUGCAAACUCCUUAAAGAUUCACCGCGUGCGGUGGUCGAAGUACGAUUCGCCCCGACAACGAGAUGGCGCAGCCUUCCCUGCUUUUGAGCAGGAGUCUGCCAAGCGGACCAUGCCACAAGUUCCGCAGGGAGGGUGCACCGACCUCGCCUACGGAUCAAACUGCUCAGUGACCAUCGCGGCCCAGACCGGCAGUUUGGCCAAAUGCCUUGCAGCUGGCACAUACACCUUUGCAUGCCCUGAGGCGGCUGGCGGGCAGACCUUCCUCAUGGCUACGGAGGCCUACCUGCAGUGCAAGGUCUGCGCGGCGAGCUUCACUGAUACCAACGACGGCACCGGAGUCUACUCAGGCAUGCUGUACUUCGGGCAGAACAUGCUGAACGGGGUUGUGGACGAGGCCGACAUCACCGCCUACACCGCCUUCGCUGUGGACGAUUGCGGCGCCCCUGUCCUGGAUGCGAUGGGGGGUUUGACGCCACUGGGAACGGCACUCAAGGUGACCUCAUCAGAGACGUGCUGUGACAGCAUGAAGUAUUCCAUCGCCAUCACCCUGACGAACCCUACCUACACCAAGAUUGCGGUGGUGCCCAGCGACGGGGCAAACUUCUUGAAGGACGGUGUCAUCGUUGAUCUCAUGGACCUCACUACCACCACCACUACAACCACCAUGGCCGGCGGCGGAAUCAGCGGCACCACCACCACGCACUUGGCCCCGGCUAUGGCUCUUGGGCUGCUUGCCAUCUCCAACUGA